CGCACCCGCGCGACGUUGACGAUGUUCCGUGCCGCUUCCUCCUCGGCCAUGCGCCACCUGCACACUAAGCGGCUGACACCUGCUGCCGGCGCUGCCUUGAGCAUCCCUGGCACCACCAUGAAAUCAUCUAUCUCUGGUUUCCGUGGUGUUGCGACGUCGUCGGCUUCGUGUCCUCGUGCCUUUGUCGAACCUGCUCAUGUUCGAGGCGACGUGACGGUGGUUGCGAUUGCAGUUGCCGCGGUGUUGGGUGCUGCUGGCGUGGGCAAGAUCUGGUGGGACGCUUCGUCUUCGCAGACUGGUGUGACCAAGGACAACUUGGCGAGUUACUUCAACGAACUGGCCGACAUCGUGGACGAGUUGGUGAGCCAAAUGCCACAAGUGACACAAGCCGUCAUGGAGCAAGCACGCUCCACGGGACAACAGAUCACGGAAGACCAAGUGAAGGCCAUGCUCGUCGAACGAUUGGGCCAAGCCGUGCAAAUGGCCGAUCAAGAUUUGGCCCGAAAGUAUCACUUUGACCAAGAAUCGAUUGAGAAGGCCAUGGUCGAGCUCCAGCACGAACCCAAAGUGCAAGCGGCCAUUCAGCGAUUGCAAUCCGUGAUUGAAAACAGCCCGUUGGGCGAAACGGUCGAAGUGCCCGAAGAUUUGACGGCGGACCGGACGUUGGAAAUCAUGACGUUGGUCCUGGAUGGCGUGAGCCGCGCCAUGGAGGAAGCGUUGGCGGAAGCCAAGCAGGCCGGCAUGAAGAACGUCAACUUGGAAGGGCAUUUGUGGCAGGAAAAAUACAUGGAAAAGACGUAUGCGUACACCGCCAAGAUUCACGAACAGUAUUUCGUUACGGAGCCCAUCUUGAAUGCCGCCGUGGCCAAGUACAGCCAGGAAAACCCAGCCUUCCAAGCCCAGUUGCAAGAGCUCUUGGAGAAGCAUCAAGUCAACUUCCAGCGCAUGGGAUUGCAAGUCGAAUAAAACCCCCGUCGGUCGCAAGGAUAGACGGUUGCGAUGACAGGGUUGGAGGGAGAUCUAACGAUAGACAUUAAGCACGACCACAGCUCACUCUCAUAGUAAUAAUACCUGGGGGUGCUGUUGCAUUUUGAUUUGCAAG